CACGAUCUUAAUGACAUUGAUGAUGUUCAUAUGGAUUGGAUUUCCCCCCAAUCCCACGGUAUAAAAGAACGAGGUUUCUCAGGACUCAGUAAAUAUAACGACAAGAAGGCAAAAUAGAUCUGGUGAGGCUCAAAACGUGAAAAGCUGCAAAAAUGAAGACUUUGUUAUUAUUAACAGCUGUUGUUGCAUUUUGUUGUAAGUAUAUAAAUUUUUCCAAUGUUAUACUUAAUAAUAAUUGGCAAGCUAGAUGUUUUGAAAUCUAGAUAUACUGCCCAUGCAUUUAGGCUAGGACAUACUCAAAUUAUUCUUGCCACAGGACACUAUGCGAGUCUAGAUUUUAAGGCCAUUUGAUUAUGGUAAUGCAUAAGCGUGUGGCACUAAGCCUGAUCACCAUGCAUACAUGGGUAAAGCUGCAUUUCCCAAAAAAAUCUGCAGAAAUAUGAAGACUAAGUCAGAUAUAUAUUAUCUUUUAUUUCAUUUGCAGAUGCAACCUCAAUUGAUACAGAAGAAGGUAAGCCAUGUAUAUUUAGACACUACUAAGCGAUAAAGAAAUGUUUUUCUCAAUUCGUCUCAGGACCCAGAAAUUUCGUUUCUCCAUGCAGGCGAGCAUGCACUCAGACCUUCUUACCAUUGGCUAUGAGCCUCUAAUGUUAAGCCUUAGUAAUUCAUUUAGUUUGCUUUGCACUUGCGUGACUAACGCGUUGGUAAAAAAUCCAAUUUCCUACAUUUCCCUAGCUUCAAAAUCUGAAGAGCAUCAAGAUUAGGAAAAAAAAAUUUCCACUAUUAAUCUAUUUGCAGACUUGACCUCUAUUGAUACAGAAGAAAGUAAGGCCAACUUAAUAUAUCUAUUUGUAUUUGACAUGAUAUGAUAGAAUAUGUAUAAUAAUAACUGUUCCUUUUUUUAAAUUAAGAACUACAAUCUCCACAAGAGUUUGAUCCUGAAGGUAUAAAACGUUUACUUCAUGUAAUUUAACCAUCUAGAAUUCAGAAUUAGGAAAAUAAAAGAUUGGCACUUUUAUUCUCUUUGCAGAUUUGACCUCAAUUGAUACAGAAGAAAGUAAGGCCAACUCAAUAUAUUCAUAGAUAUUAGAAAAUAUCAACCAUAUUAGUAGCUUUGAAUAUAUGCUGUAUAUAACAGAAUCUACAUUGAUAUUUCUAUUAUAAUGAUUUAUGAAAGAUAAUAUUAGGGCCAUUUAUACGGGACAAAAUAAGUCGCGACUUACAUAAGACGCGUCUUAUAUAAGCGGAUUUAUCGCAUAUUAAAUGGUUCUCUACGGCUCUAGUCUUAUUUACUUGCUAUAGCUAUAAGACGCACAGUCGGCCCAAUCUCGCAAGGGUCAGUAUUAUAGACUUAUAGUAUAAAUGUAUAUUAUAUUAAUGUAUAUAAUAGUAAAAAUAUGUCGUAAAAUAUAAAUUUUAAAAUGAAAUUGACUUGCCUAUUUGAUAGUGUGUGUUCUCCUUUUAUUCCUCCUUUGUUGGACUAAUAUUUUCCAAGACUUUGUACUCGAUGUUGCUAGUAUACAUGAAACAUGAUAAAGGCCAACGAUUCCCGAUCGUCGAUACGACGGCACGGCACUUCGAAUCGAAAAUUCUCACACUCAAAUCGCUUUAUUCUCCAAAACAAUUCGCCAGCAUGUACAACAAAUGCCGUUCUUCGAAAAUACAGAGGUACUUCGGCGACAUGUACAAGUUUUCGACCAUCUUUUAACAAUGGAAAUCAAAACCCAUUUUAUAUUGAACUUACCCGGACCGAAAAUUACUACGGCGAACGUCUGCGCAACCAGGCCUCCUUUACCGUUGGAUUUACAGGGGGGAGGAUGCCACUAAUAUAUUCACGAUAAUAUUUCGAAUUAAAGUAUCAUAUUCUACCAUACUUUCCAACAAAGAGCCGCUGUAUGUUACUUCUUCCUUAAAUUUCUUCAAUCUCCGUCGUUUAAUUUUCUUUUCUUCGACAACAUCUCGAGUUUUAUACAGUAUCCGAUCGAAGGAGUUUUUAUUUUGAAUAUCAAAUUUCAAAUAAUGUAAACAGUCGCUACGCGGCCGCGAUUGGCUGGCUGUUACCGGAAAUAUCUGCUUCCCCCCCCCUGUAAAUCCAACGGUAAAGGAGGACUGGUUGCGCAGACGUUUGCCGUAAUAAUUUUUGGUCCGGGUAAGUUCAAUAUAAAAUGGGUUUUGAUUUCCAUUGUUAAAAUAUGGUCCAAAACUUGUACAUCUCGCAGAAAUACCUCUGAAUUUAAGAAGAACGGCAUUUGUUGUACAUGCUGGCGAAUUGUUUUGGAGAAUAAAGCGAUUUGAGUGUGAGAAUUUUCGAAGUGCCGUGCAGUCGUAUCGACGAUCGGGAAUCGUUAGCCUUUAUCAUGUUUCAUGUAUACUAGUAACAUCGAGUACAAAAUCUUGGAAAAUAUUAGUCCAACAAAGGAGGAAUAAAAGGAGAACACACACUAUCAAAUAGGCAAAUCAAUUUCAUUUUAAAAUUUAUAUUUUACGAUAUAUUUUUACUAUACUAUAAGUCUAUACUGACCCUUGCGAAUCUUGCGAGAUUGGGCCACCUGUGUAAGACGCGACUUAAUUAUGAACAGCUAAAAAUCCUGUUCUUAAUUAAGUCGCGUCUUAUCCAAGACGCGACUUACAUAAGAAUUUUGUACCUUUUAUACGACAAACUCGCGUCUUAUUUAAGUCGUUUUGGUCAUUUGUUAUCUGUUACUUUCGUUUUGAUCAUUUGUUAUUCUGCCUUUUUUGGCUUUGGGUUCAGCUAUCUAGAUUUAUUACAAACCCGUCUUUUCAGGAUGGUUUGAGACCUUUUCUCUCCGAUAUCGUCUAAAAUGCUCCUUCUUGGACUAAAAUGCUCUUUUUGUGGCUACCUCUAUACAUUUUUCAGAGCAAUUGUCUUUCUAAAACUGGUGUUUAAACGACGCCAUGCCGUGUUUCAGAAUUUGACUUAAUGACUUAACCGUCCAUUUGUCUCUCGUUAAUAGUCCCUCUCAAAGAUCUUUCCCUUGAUAUUGUUCUCAUGCAACAAUUCCUCAUUUGACAUUUUGUCUGUUUCGUUAUUUGAGGGCCAGGUAUUAUGCUCAUUAUAAUGAUCUACUAAUUCAGUUUUUGACAUGACAUGACAUGACAUGACAUAAUAUGAUAGAGUAUGUAUAAUAAUAGACCUUAUUCAUAAAUCGUGAUGAGGCCUCGUAUCCUAGGAAACGGGGAAAAACGCGGGAAAAUUGACAAAAUGUUUUUUUUGCUGUCGGUUAUGGCAGCUUUUUUUCGUGAAUAUUACGGCUUUUUUCGAAAAAUAUAUUUAUAAAACUGAUCUUGAAAGUUGAAAAAAUACUUCUGAAAAAAUAUAACAUGAUAUUUAAAGCAAAAGAUGCUGGAGUCAAUCGAAAAAGGAAACCUUGACUUUGUAUUUAUAUUGCAAAGUUUGUAUGCGCAAAACUAACAACCAACAAGGCUACAAAACAUCUAUACAACACCAAAAUCGUAAGAAAUACGAAACUAUUGUUGAAGAAAUAGGAUUACAACUCACUCAGGUAAUGUAGCCUUCAUUUUUUAAACUUGUAAGCUGCUUGCAGAAUGUUUAUAUCGAACCACAGCCAUAGUUCAUAUUUCCGUACGAAUCAAUAACAUUUGACGUUCUCUUGUGAUGGUUGACCUGUUGUUUUCUUUCAUAUUUAUGUCAAAUUCGAAAAAUUAUACUUCCAUUCCAUAGUUGUCUUGAUUCUUCACGGAAUAACCUUCAUAUUGACGUUAAAAUCUCAGUAAAAUGCUGUUUUUUGCUUCUGGAUAAACACCAUCGCUACGUUGUCAUUUUUUCCACACAAAAACGGGAGAAAAACCGGUCGCUUUUAUAAUAUACUCGUUUACCGCUUUCGUUGUGGGCACAAAGUCUUAAAAUACACACAAAUAUCGUUAUAAAUCGCAAAAAGCAACAAGAAACAAGCCGUUAAAGUCGACACAAUAGCAUCUGAAUUUGGAUUGUCAAGCAGUUUUCGCUUGUUUUCCCGCGUUUUGUUCCCGUAUCCUAGGAUACGAGGCCUCGUCACGAUUUAAGAAUAAGGUCUAUACAACUGUUUAAUUAAGAGCUACAUUCUCCACAACAAUUUGAUCCUGAAGGAGAAACGUUUACUUCAUGUAAUUAAACCAUCUAGAAAGCUAUCGAUAAUGGCCAGCUAGAAUGUCGUCAGUGAGAUUGCUUUAAAUUAGCAUAGUGCAUAUUAAUAAUUAUGUGCAUAUAUGUUAUUUAAGAGGCAAUUUUUUCUAUGUCACGUAUUUGCAAUGAAAAGUGUUCAAAACCUAAAAUGUUUUUGGCGUUCUUCUCAAAAUUACUUUGUUUUAGCUUUGUUCUCUGGUUUAUAGAGUUAGCUACCUUUUUAAAUGCAUCUGCCGGUUGAGAAACAUAGUAAUAAAAUAAUAGUUAAAAAUUGUCAAUUAAAACACAAUUAUCAAUGAUGCUUUAAAAUUGACGCCAUAUUUACAGGCAUAUACUAGAAAAUACAUGCAUGCAGAAACCCUCGCCUUGCUGACAAACAGACAAAACCAUUGUAUUUUCCGAACAUGAAGUACCUGAAGUAGUUGUCAUGGUAACACGAUAAUUUUUUAAGAAUAUUCUUACAAAUGAAAAAUCGCCUAAAAAAUAUCACUUUUAAUUACAAAAUUAUUAAUUUGCCAACAUAUAUAUGUUAGGUAUGUUAUUAUACGUAAUAUAAGCCUCAAUUUAAGGUAAAAUUCAACCACAAACGCUUCGCAAAACGUUUUAAAGUCACUAGUGUUCUUUAUAAAACUAAACUGACUUUUAAAAUGGCUUUAUCGAUAAACUUUGAGUUUGCAAUAAAAUGACUUCGAAUUCUCGCUUGCAAAUAACUCUGCUUUCUUUUUUAUUUAAAAAAUUCAAUAUCAUAAAAAAGGGAAUCAAUAUUACUAAAGAUACAUGCUGUCUUGUUUAGUUGUUUCAUAUAUGCAAAGGCCGUCGGGUUUUAAAUUAAAUCCAUUAUAAAAUCAAUAUUUAAAACAAAGUUACCUUCGUUAACGUUGGCUCACUUCUUUUAGCCGAUUCUUUCGCUGUUUCUUUCUUGAAAUUUACAAAAUCUUGCGAAAAUGCGAGCGAAAAUAAAAUAUAUUUGUGAUAUUUGCAAGAAAUUUAUCAAUCAUCAAAUCAAGAAAUGUUUGCUAUUUAGCUGUCGUCAUGCAGUCGUUAUAUUGCAAACUUUAAAUUGGACCAAUCAGUUUUCGCUAUUCAUGACAGUCCGCCACAUAUUUUGAGAUCAGUGAGGAUGACCACCCACCGAAACUUCGUUGGUGAGCCACGCCCGCGAUAUUUGAUGAACUUUAGACUUCGCUAAUGCUUUCGUUUCCCCGGGUGUAAAUAGCCGGGGGGAAUUAGUACCCUCGCACGGCGCUUCGCGCCGUCGGCUCGGGGAUUAAGCAAAACUUACUGAACUUCAGACAUAAUUUAUUUAUCUUUGGCGUAUCAUCUAAAAUCUCUUCAUUUUUGCAUUAUUUUACAGAUAGAGCACUAAACAUACUUUUUAAUUUUGUUUGCCGAUUGAGAAACGUAUCUAUCGAAAAAUAAAAAUUUUGAAUUUAGUUAUAACCUCAAGUGAUAUAUUAUACGCAUUAGUUUUGAGCGCGUGUUACGUAACAUACAAAAAAAUCUCCUCUUAAUAUUCUAAGUGAAAAAGUCUUAGAAAACUGUACAGUACAUAUUUAUAGAUUUCUAUUUCCGUUUUAAGACGUUGUUAUAUAUUCCAUUUUCUGCAAAUAGAUCAGCGCGCAAAGACUGACGUUAUCAUUUGAAGUAUUAGUAUAGUACUUUUAAAUUUUAUUUUACUGUAACACCUCACUAUUUACAUGCAGCUUUCUCAAACACUUCCAUGCCCUGACUUAAUUCUGUUUUUGUCUGCAUGGCUAUACAAAAUUUAAAUCAUUUAUUAAGAAAGCAAUCUUUAAUUUAAGAAAAUAUUUCUUAAUUAAAAUGAGAAACAUUUUAAUUUCUUUGUUCACCUCUUUCAUCCAGAACCAAACGUUCGUUGAUGAUAUCAUCUUAAACAUUCAGUGCUAGUGUGGGUAGUAGUAGGUACCGAAGAAUGCAACUACGGGCAGUUGUUUUUGUUGGGGUUUUGUUCUUUUUUGGGGGGAGGCUAUUUUCCAUAAAUUGCGGCUAGCGAUAAUGAAAUUGCUGGAUGAAUAAAAUUUUGUCUUUAUCAUAAAAUUUCCCCAGUGGCGACGAGAUGGAAGGGGCCGGAGGGAAGAAGCAUAAAAAAAUUUCCCGACCUAAUAUAUUUCCUUAUUUCUUGAUGUUUUUAAUGCACCUAAUUAUUUUCUAAUCAUUUUUCCAAACUUUGCACUUCGACUGAUGAUUCCAGGCAUACAGGUUAAAUUGAUAUUGCUUAGUACCAGAAAACGGAAUCUCUUAAUAACAAAAAAUCAAAAUAGAAGUUUUAGAAAAGAAUUUUGUACAUUUUCAUGUGUUUUGCGCUGAAUAUGCACUUCAUAUGCAAUAAUCUGUUUUUUUUGCAGCCGACGAUCAAGACGUUAGUAAAAUAUCAAAAAGACGCUGGGGGAGAAGUAAGUAACAUCAGAAAUAAAUUCACUUAUUUGGUAACUUUCAUCAAUAUAUUUUGAAAUCAUACAAUAUAGUUUAACAUUCCACUGUGGACACUUCUCUGAUACAGGCAACGGACGUAAUAAAUCGAAAUAUUUUCCUCCUGCAUGCCAGGAGGUUAUGUUUUCAUCCGCGUUUGUAUGUGUGCGUGUGGUUUAAAAAUAUCAAACGAUUUAUGACGAAAUUUUGUGUGCCCAGACUAGUUUCAUAUAAAUUUAAUUGACCUCAUUAUUUUGGCACUAACGCUUGUAUUCUAAAAGCUCACUCACACUCAAAGAGUGGAGGUACAUUUGUCCUUCCCUUGAGUGUCAGUGCUGUUUCUGAAUAGCUAGCUAUAGAUAGUGAGUACUGAGUAGUCACUAACCCUAUACAGCUAUUCGAAAACAGCACUGACACUGAAGGGAAGCUCAGAUUGAACCUCCACUAUUUGAGUAUGAGUAUGAGUGAGCUUUUAGAAUACAGGCGUAUUACUAAGUGAUGAGGUGAAGAUAGUUCGUGUCGGUUAUAUCUGCUUAUGUCCAGCCAUUCCGCGGCUCGCCUGCGUUGCAGACCGUCAACUUGCGGGCGAGGCAAACGAUGGAAACUGAGAAGCACAGUCUGCUGGAUUUCGCUCAAUGUAGUUUGUAUACCGUUCCGCUAAAAUAUUACAUUACUUAUGUUUACAAGCAUCGCCAUCAAAUCGAAAAAUUAACGGUAGCUUGCAAUAGAACGCCGUAGGUUUUUUAAGAUGAAACCUAAUCCUAUACAGUAGAAACAUUGAUUUUUACAACACGAUAAAAUAUAGCCACUUCUUUCAACCUCACAAGUAGGUGAAUUCUGAUGGGUUUGCUAUUAAAUUGGAUUAGACGUGCGUGCAAAUUGAAAUGCGAAAUAUAGACUAAAUCUUAUAUAGGACGUCGGAACGUCAGAACGAUUAAUGACAUACUGUAUGCAUGUCUAUUGUGCUUUUUGCGCCAAGAGGUCGAGGUUUUGCGGUUUUGAAUUCGACUUUAAAAGGACAAUUUCAAUUGGUUUGGUUAUAGAUAAGCGUGCAAUAAAUAUUUCAUUCACUUUUCUUAAUAUAGAAUGGAUAGAGUAUGCUUUUGAAUCGGAAUAUUUAAAAUUAAAAACAUAGACUAUAUUAUUUAAAGAUCAAGUUGUUCCGUGCCUUACAAUGAAGCAAAUAUCUUCUCCCACAUAACUUGAAAUUGGAAUUUUCCUCAAGUUGCCAACGAUUUUUUCUUCUUACGGCUAUUUUGUAUGAUAGAAAAGCCACUGUCGAGAAAAUCUUAGUUACGCAAUACUCGCACUUCGCCACAAAUAACGGAAACAGUUAUAAUAAGUUUUUCAUAACUUGGAAGUAGCACUACAUAAACAUUGUUGUGUUUGACUAAUAUUGCCCCCAUUACCUUAAUUUCUGCAUACCAAAUACACUAUUCGCUCCUAGUUUAAAAACAGUGAUCUGAUAAGUUUUACUUAUUAGGACGCCACUGGAGACGGCGAGGAUCACCAGGAGCUCGUGGACCACCGGGACCGAAAGGGCCCAAAGGAGACAGAGGGUCUCCCGGAUCUCGUGGUCCAGCUGGAAAUCCUGGAUCUAAAGGACCACCAGGACCGAGAGGGUCCAAAGGGGACAGAGGGUCUCCUGGAUCUCGUGGUCCAGCCGGACGUCUUGGAUCUAAAGGACCACCAGGACCGAGAGGGUCCGAAGGAGACAGAGGAUCUGCCGGAUCUCGUGGUCCAGCCGGACCUUCUGGACCGACAGGAUCAACAGGACCGAGAGGGUCCAAAGGAGACAGAGGGUAUCCCGGAUCUUCUGGUGCAGCCGGACACCGUGGACCUCCCGGACCAAAAGGUAAAACAUUAGAAAUGUUGUUGACCGCUAACCAGAAGACUCCGAAUCGGUUUACUUAUUGUUUUGUUCAUAUGAGGAAGUCGAAAUUGUCGAAAUUUUGGCUCAGCUUUCCGAGACAAGAUCGUCGGGAUAAAGAUGUCACGUGUGAGCAAACCAGGCUCAGUGUAGCCAGCUUCCAAAUUAAUUAAGUCAAGAAAAAAAUUUGGAAAUUUGUCUUGUAAUUUGACAAUUUUUUCAUAGGAAAUUCUAGAGUCUAUAUUUGCUUGUCCAAAUCGUGCAUCUAAUUCUAGUAUUCGGUGUUCGGAUAAUAGUUUUACUGUCGUUGCAAUGGAAGUGUUGAUAAAAUAUUGCAACAAUUCAUUACCUAACACUGAUCAAUUCAUUUGGUCAAAAAUUGCUCAACUUCCUGUUUACUGGCAUGCUGUUGUUCCCAAUUGGUCAAUCAAUCACUGAAACGUAAAGCCAUUGGUUGAUUGAAAUACACAGGAAGUUGAUCAAUUUUUCAACGAAAUAAUUGAUCAGUUCUAAGUAAUGAAUUGAUACGAUAUUUUAUCAACACUUCCUUUGCAACGACAGUAAACUAACGAAGCGCAAUGACAAUUUGAAUUGCAGCCUGCGUGUUGGGCCUUUGUUGAAACGGGAAAGACGAAUCGAGAACGAGGGCCAAAAGCCGGGUUUUUCUGCAGUGGCAAAGCUAGCCAUAGCAACAGGCCAUAGUUCACUGCAAAUUUUUAAUGAUUCGCAUUAUUCAAAUCUUUAGAAUUAGUAUUUUUGCACAAGUGAACAUAACAAAUCCUACAAGGUGAUUGGUCAAAUUUGUCGUAUUAAUCUGUUAUAUUCACCUACAGGUGAAUAUAACAAAAUCGAAAUUUUCAAAAUGGCUGUUAGCCGUUUUGUUGAAGUUAGUGAUAAAGAAAUAAGCGAAACUAAAAUGAAUUCUGACCAGAAAAACACAAGCUCUCAGGCUCGGUGAUUAUUCUGACCAGAAAAACACAAGCCCUCAGGCUCGGUGAUUAUCGGGGAAUAUUCACCUCGACUUCGUCUAGCCGAUUAAUAUUCCCCGAUAAUCACCUCGCCUUCGGCGAAUAAUUGUUAAAUGUAUUGACUUUGACCUGUUUAGAUGCUAAUUUAUUAGCAUAACAUGACCAGUUGUCAUGGCUAGCUUCGCCUCUGCUUUUCUUCUCCAACUAGAGCCUGCCACACAGACUAUGUGAGUAUUAAGUCGUCAUGCACGAUGUUCACUGCUGUUUUGCUAAAAGAAAUUUCGAGUGAUAUUUAUGAAAGUCUUUUAAUAUUAUUUUUUAUUAGAUGUAAAUCUUGUUAAUUAUGCUUGAUUCUCACAAGUGUUUUAUCACAUUACUUCCAGGCGAGCCAGGAGUUUCGUCAGAAUCGGAAUGUGAAGUUGUUACUGGUAAAGGGACAGUAACCUGUCCCGCGAAUAAAUGUGCAUUCGGUUGCGUAGCAUCAUGUGGCUGUCCUGAUUCUACAGAUGUGCAUACCUGUACUUCUGAGUGCGAAAACGACAACGUUAAGGCAUUAUGCUGCUAGCAAUGUCGGUUAUCACCUGAACGAAAAUGAGCAUCUAAAGGACAGACCACUGGUAGAUAUAGAAAAAUCAACCUAAAGACAAACUUAGCUUUGCAUAGCUUAAGUCACAUAUAUUAACAUGUGAAUCGUAGCAUAGAAUAUGGUUGUAACAGCAUUUUGUUAAAUAAAUUUUAAAUUUCAUUUAAAAACAAUCGAU